GCUGUCGUUUGGGGAGUUGGGCAUUUGAGGCUCCGACUGAGAUGGCUGCCACUCUCCAGCGUAUUGAACGGCUGUCCAGUCGAGUGGUGCGCGUGCUGGGCUGUAACCCGGGUCCCAUGACCCUGCAGGGCACGAACACCUACCUGGUGGGGACCGGCCCCAGGAGAAUCCUCAUUGACACUGGAGAACCAGCCAUUCCAGAAUAUAUCAGCUGUUUAAAUCAGGCUUUGUCUGAAUUUAACACAACAAUCCAGGAAAUCAUAGUGACUCACUGGCACAAAGACCAUUGUGGGGGCAUAACAGACAUUUGUAAAAGCAUCAAUAGCGGUGCUGCAUAUUGCAUUAAAAAACUUCCACGUAAUCCACCCAAAGAAGAAAUCAUAGGAGAUGGCGAGCAACAGUAUGUUUAUCUGAAAGAUGGAGAUUUGAUUAAGACUGAGGGAGCCACUCUAAGAGUGAUCUACACGCCUGGCCACACUGAUGACCACAUGGCUCUUCUUUUAGAAGAAGAAAAUGCUCUCUUCUCUGGAGAUUGCAUCUUGGGUGAAGGAACAACUGUGUUUGAAGACCUUUAUGAUUAUAUGAAGUCCCUAAAAGAGUUAUUAGAAAUCAAAGCUAGUAUUAUAUAUCCAGGACACGGCCCAGUAAUCUAUGAUGCUGCAGCUAAAAUUCUACAGUACAUUUCUCACAGAAAUAUCCGAGAACAGCAAAUUCUUGCAGUGUUUAGGGAGAACUUUGAACAAUCAUUUACAGUCAUGGAGCUUGUAAAAACUAUUUACAAGGAUACUCCUGAGCAUUUGCAUAAUGUAGCUAAACACAAUCUCUUGCUUCACUUGAAAAAAUUAGAAAAAGAAGGAAAAAUAUUUAGCAAUACGGAUCCUGACAAGAAAUGGAGAGCUCAUCUUUAAUUUCAGAUUAAUGAAAACUUUGUUUUAGGUCUUUUUUGAGAGAACUGUUUUCUUAGCUUCAAUUACUUUUAAGAAAAUCAUAUUUUUCUUAAUCAUGGAUUAUUUAUAGAGAAUGUAGAGUAUAGAAUAUAAACUUAGAUAUUCUUUCAAAUAACACCAUAUUAUAGAUAUGUAAGUUAUAUUAUACAUCUGUAAUAGAGAUCAUUUCUAUUACCUUGGUCUUAAAAUUUUCCAAAAAUUUCUAAUAUAAAAUUUUAUCAUUUUUCAGUAGUUUAAUGGUUAUGUUAGAACAACACAUUUUCAUAAUUGACACAACUAAUGAAAUUGGAAAUUUAUCUUGGAAAUUUAUUAUCGAUUACCAAUGAUCAGUAUAGAUCGCUAUAUAAUCUUUUCUCUGAUCUUUCUAUAAAUAUCAGCUUUGUAUUUGUGUUGAUACUAAUUACUCUCAUGGUUAGUUCUAUAACUCUACAUAAUGUGUAUUUCCUUAUGGUAUCUCACAAAAUAUUCAUAUGAAGCAAAAUAUCAUAAUUGAAAAAUAUUAAAUUCCUAAUGAAGGGAAUUAUGAUAAACAAUUAUUUCUGUAACCUCUCAAUAUACCAACUUAUUUGCCAAAUGUAGCUUUUUCUGUUGGAGGAAAGUGUAUGUGAAUAAACAGAGGUAUAGUGGAAUAUCACAUGAUAGAAGAACCACAAAAAAUGUUAUAUGACCACAGUAUAUGGUGUAUGUAUGUGGGUUGAUAACGUGAAAAUUCUUAAUACAGCUCCUCUGUCUAUGUCUAACUCACCAAAUGAUUGGAUGAAACCAUGCAAAAUAGGGUUUGUAAAGCAUUAACUGAGGAGAUUGAUCAGUUUUAGUUGCCACUCUCCUGACGUUAGGGAUGGAGCCAUCUCUGUAGCAGGAACAGAAAAUUCCAAGGACCAUCAAGGAAGAAGAACCGCCUUAGGACAUGUUCAAAGUCUCUGUCUGAAGUGACGGCGGCCAAGGUCAGAGAGGCACCAGAGGCUCCAGCACAGAAACCAAGGAAUAGAGAACAAAGGAGCCAUCCCAGGCCAGAGGCCGAGGCAAGGUGACCAUGAGACAGAACAAAGGAACAGCUCCCAGACUAUGGGACUGUGAGGCAGAGCAGCAAACUGGCUUCUUGGCCCACAGAGAGAGGCAGAAGCCCAGGGACCAUGUGGUUGAGAAAAAGAUUUGACUGGUGGCCAAGGAAAGGUGUUGCUGUAGACCAAUGACCGUAUCCUUAAUAUUUUCUAAUCCUGGCUUGUGGUAGGCUGUUAAUUUCCUUAAUAAACCCCCUUAAUCCUGA